UCGUGAUGCCUGCUACUACUACUAUUUACUACUCCUUCCGUUCUCUCUAUGUACUCUGCAUCCAAUGAUACGCUCACUCCUUCCUUCUCAAUCUUCAAAGAUGCUCCUCGUCACCCAAAUACUUUCCCCCCAUCGCCGUAAAAAGCUUCCCAUUUCAAUCCCCCCCUUUGGUUGAUUCCUCAUCGCCGAUGCGACGCUCGUCUCCCCCCGUCCCCCUCGAAAUGGCGCGUCCUCUUCUUCGGCUUCUUCUCCUCGUAUUCUUCGUCGCCAUUGGCCGCCUGGGUCCGUUAGCUGUGCGCUCCGAGCCCAUCCAGGACCGGGCGGCGCUGCUGGCUUUCCUCGACGCCAUCCCGCACAAGCAGCGCAUCCGGUGGGACGCUAACUCCUCGGCCUGCGACUGGGUGGGAGUCACCUGCGACGCCAACCGCACCGCUGUGGUUGCCCUCCGCCUCCCCGCAGUCGGCCUUGUCGGCCCCAUUCCCGCUGGUACGCUCGGCCGUCUCUCCUCCCUCCGCAUCCUCUCCCUUCGCUUGAACCGCCUCUCCGGCCCAAUCCCCGACGACUUUGCUGGCCUCGCUAGCCUCCACGGCCUCUACCUCCAGAACAACCUCUUCUCCGGCGGGAUACCCUCCUGGCUGUCCCAGCUGACUGGCCUCGGCCGCCUCGACCUAUCCGGCAACAACCUCACCGGUGAAAUCCCUUUCGCGCUCAGCAACCUCACCCACCUCACCGGUCUCCUCUUACAGAACAACCGCCUCUCCGGCAGUCUCCCCAGCAUCAGCAUCGAUUCCCUCGUCGGCUUCAAUGUCUCGUACAACCGUCUCAAUGGAUCCAUCCCCAGGACUCUGAGGCGGUUCCCCGAGUCGUCCUUCGUCGGGAACCUAGAUCUAUGCGGCCGGCCGCUGCCGCCUUGCAACCCGUUCUUCCCCUCUCCGGCGCCAUCGCCAACGGCGGAGGAGAACCCGGUCAAGUCGAGGAAGAAAUUAUCGAAGACGUCGAUCGUGGGGAUCUUGGUGGCGGCGGUCGUCGUCCUGUUGCUGGUCCUGCUGCUGUUCCUGAUAUGCUUGUCGUUGCUGCGGAGGCGGCGAAAGCAGAAGGCGGCGAUGACGGCUGCGGCUGCGGAUGAGGCAGCAGGGAGGUCGGGAGGGACGGGAAUAACGUCGUCCUCCAAGGACGACCUGAGCAGCGGCGUGGCAGGUAGCGGGGCAGCUGCAAUGGCGGGGGCAGCGGAGAAGAACCGACUGGUGCUCGUGGGGAGCGGGGGAGGGUACCGUUUCGACCUUGAAGACCUUCUGCGGGCUUCGGCGGAGGUUCUAGGAAAGGGGAGCGUGGGGACUUCGUACAAGGCGGUGCUGGAGGAGGGCACCACCGUGGUGGUGAAGCGGCUUAAGGACGUGGCCGUGUCCAGGCGGGAGUUCGAGGAGCACGUAGAGACGCUGGGACAGUUGGAGCGCAUGGACAACCUGCUGCCGCUGCGGGCCUACUACUACUCCAAGGAUGAGAAGCUCAUCGUUCUCGACUACCUCCCCGUCGGGAGCCUCUCCUCCCUCCUCCACGGGAGUCGAGGAUCGGGUCGGACGCCGCUGGGCUGGGAGAGCCGGAUGCGCAUCGCCCUCGCCGCUGGCCGCGGCAUCUCCCACCUCCACACGUCUGCGCGCAUCGUCCACGGGAACAUCAAAGCUUCCAACGUCCUCCUCCGUUCCGACCUCCACUCUGUCGUCGUCUCCGACUUCGGCCUCCACCCGCUCUUUGGCUCCGCCGCCCCACCCAACCGUGUCGCCGGUUACCGCGCUCCGGAGGUCAUCGAGACAAGGCGGCCCACCUUCAAGUCGGACGUCUACAGCUUCGGCGUGCUCCUUCUGGAGCUGCUGACCGGGAAGUCGCCGAACCAGGCGUCGUUGGGCGAGGAGGGAAUCGACUUGCCGCGUUGGGUGCAGUCGGUCGUGCGGGAGGAGUGGACGGCGGAGGUGUUCGACGUGGAGCUCAUGCGCUAUCCCACCACCGAGGAGGAGAUGGUGCAGCUUCUCCAGAUCGCCAUGUCCUGCGUCGCCACCAUGCCGGACGCCCGACCUGACAUCCCCGAGGUCGUUCGGAUGAUGGAGGGCAUCGCCGACCGGACGGCGAGCACUUAGGAGAAUCAGCGGCGCGGCAGUGGAGCAACGGAACGGAGACAGAAUCUUCUUGGUUCGACCAAACCUCAUGUUCUUUAUUAUUAUCAUUAUUACUUCUUUGUUUUGUUUUUGGGAUGGUUGGCCUUUGUGGAGUUGGAUUUCUUCGGUUCAUGGCAGGAACAAAGGAAAACUAGUAUUUAUUUA